GGGAGCUCCUAGGAGCAGACGUCGAUGAAAUGUUAACGAUGAGAGAGAAACCAUUUAUUUAACAAUAUCUUAAUACAGUAAAACCCCGAUUAUCCGAAAUGGAAGGGGGGAAGCCUCUUUCGGAUAAGCCGAUUUUUCGGAUAAUCCGGAUUUAUGGCCGCCAGUUUGAUCGUCGGCAUUGUGUCUUGCUUUCUCGUUUGGAUGAAUAUCACUUUGAUCUUGCACCUUGGUUCUUAUUUUCUCAUUAGAACACAUGUAGCUAGUAUGGACAGACCAUUAGCCAGGAUGGAUGAGGAUGCUGUCGCUGCUGCUUUUUAUCUUAAAAAAAUUGUGUUGUGGAUGGAAAACAAUUUUUUUUAUAUUUUUUUAUUUCGUGUUGACGUACAUACCUUAUACGUAACAGAAAACAAGAAUUAUUCUAUACAUAUAUCUUCCACUAUCGAUGCGACUGCCCAGUGUGAAGUGUGUGACGCGACUGCCGCCGACUGACGAUGUAAACAAUGAAACCAAACAAACACACGCUACGCUAAACAAAGUAGUACGCUUAAAACAUGUGAUGUAAAUGUUUUAUUGUAUGUUUGUCUGUGUGUCUCCUUGUCUGGACCAGUGUAUGUUGAUACUUGUGAGCGUUGCAGAUCUGAAUUGUGAAUGUUGCAGAGUGCGAUUGUGAAUGGUUGUGCAAGCUUGCAAGUGUGACCUUGAUGCAUCGUGCAGGUGGAGACACAGUAUGAUGACUCAUAUUAUCGCGCAACUCGUAUGUUGGAAGGGGAAUGUGGCAUGGAGUGGAGAGGGGAGUCGUGUUUGUGUCGUUGUCUUGAGAGCACGGUGUGAGAGUAGUCGUGCAGUAGUUUGUUCGUUCGCCGCACCUACGUCCUUGCUGGGGCGAAGGUGCGGACGUGGUGUUGUUGAGAGUUUGUUUAAUGUUUUUUGUCUAAUACAUUGAUCUAUUCGUUACAAGCUAUUUCGGCAAUACGUAUUAGAAAGCAUAUUCAUUUUAACUGUUCUUAUCAAUUUUAAAUGUGUUAAUAUAGUACAUAUGUAGUUACUUUUAUUUAUUUUUGAUGUUUUAUAACAUUUUAGUAUAGAAAAAAAAAUUUAAUUGCAUUAUCCAGAUCAAUUUCGGAUAAUCCGGUUAUUCGGAUAAUCCGCUUUCGGAUAAUCGGGGUUUUACUGUACUCUGUUACGACUGACAAUGUAUCUAUAUGAUUUUUAUGUGAAUAUUUCUCCCUCUCCUUAUACUGUAUCUUAUUUAUUUCGUCUGUGUUAUGUCUACUUUGAUGAUGUUUAUAAGAUAUUAAUGUUGGAAAACCUUUAUAUAUCACAGAAAAAUAUGCGGGUUCUUCGGAGCAGCAAGCCACGCUCCUACAACUCCUCAAACUCCUGCAAAUCAAGUGUCAACAAACAGCGUCCGUUCAAAAUGCCGCUUCCCGACCUGAAAAAUAUGCGGGUUCUUCGGAGCAGCAAGCCACGCUCCUUCAAUUCCUCAAACUCCCGUGAAUCAAGUGUCAACAAACAGCGUCCGUUCAAAAUGCCGCUUCCUGACCUGUUUCAGACAGAGGCACUACACCGUGAUAUCCUCAACAGGAAUAAAACAGCAUUCAACCAGGUUAUUGAGCGGUACAUUUCCCUGGCACACGGACUUCCUCCUCCACUAGAUGAAUGUCCCUACCAGUCUCCACACAACAGCAAAAACAAACCAAGUUCAACUCCCUUAUACCCCCAGAAGAACCUUUCCAGGACAGGUGCAACCAUAAAAACCAGCACUGUCUCCCCAGCGAUCUCAUUGAGGCAAGAUUCAUGUUGUGAUGAGGAUGAUCUUGUUAGAGAAGUAGAGGAAUCACUGCAGAGAAGGAAACAACAGCUUGGGUUAAGUGAUGACUUUAUAUGUGAGGAGAUAGAGGAUAAUGAGGUUGAUGAGGAUGACCCCACUUGGGAUGGCUCUCAUUACCAUGCCAGGGUGAAUUUACCCACCAGAUUGCAUAAAAAGAGAAAACUUUCUGAUAAUCUUAUUACAAACACAGUGGGGUCAUCUGAUGAAAACAAGUCUCGAAAGAAAGCAAAAGCACCUGUGGAUGAAGUAAGCCUUUCCCAAAACAAAACUGCUGAUUUGAGGAAGCUUUCUGUGCAGGACAGGCUUUCAGAUGUGAGCAACUUACCAAGAAGAAGAGGUAGACCUCCCAAAAGAAAGUCAGUGCUGGAGGUGAAUGAUGAGGGUAAUAUAUCAAAGAAAAGAUGUAGAUUGCCCAAACAAAAGUCAGUGCAGAAGGUGAGCGUUGAGGGUGAUACAUCAAGGAAGAGAGGUAGACAGCCCAAAGCAAAAGUGGCGGGAGAGAGUCAAGAAAAUCUGAGACAGAACAACCCAAGGAAUGAACCCAAACGGAGAGGCAGGCCACCCAAGAAGAAUAAAACAUUGAGUCUGAACCCCACCAAGGACGGAACCUCAAACAAAAGGUCACCUGAUGGAAACAAUGAACCCAAACGGAGGGGCAGGCCACCCAAGAAGAAUAAAACAUUGAGUCUGAACCCCACCAAGGAUGGAACCUCAAACAAAAGGUCACCUGAUGAAAACAAUGAACCCAAACGGAGAGGCAGGCCACCCAAGAAGAAUAAAACAUUGAGUGUGAACCCCACCAAGGACGGAACCUCAAACAAAAGGUCACCUGAUGAAAACAAUGUGCCACAAAAGAGAGGCAGACCAUUCAAACAGAAAGCAACAGGGACUCUUAAGAUCCACACUCAAAACUGUAGUGUAGUGCUGAGAAGGCUUGGUGGGGGCAGGGAGGGCAUCCUGUCUGUAAAUAAAACAAAUGAAACCAGGUCAGUGUGCAGUAUUAGAGGUGCAGAAGAGGAGGAGGAAAGACCUCAAGAGAGCAGUGAU